AUGGCACAUUUACCAACUCUGGCUACGCAAAUAAUGAACGACAUGGAUGUCGAGUCUCUCAUAUCUCGCCUCCAACAAUCUCGUGCUCCCCGUCAGCCUCUCGCUCAACCACUCGCACCUCCCCAGCUCUCUGAGCCCCCGCCCUCGAAUGUUUCCACUUCCGCUCGUGACUCAGUUCCUCCUAAUUCAAACGAUGCCAAAAGCUGGGUUGAACAGUUCUCGGCCUCUAGCGAAAACUCCUUGUCCCUUUCUGCAGGUGACGUUGCUACCACCUCCGCAGAGCAAUCAUUAUCCCUCCCGACUCAUUCGGUUCCACCCACGACUGGAACAGAUGUAGAUACUCAAUCCGAGACAGGUGCCGGUGCAACAACUGAGUUUCACUCGCUCCCCACGGACGGUGGUGAUGCAGAUGUGGAAAGAUCGCCCGAGGAUGCUGGAGGGCCAAGGGAUGAAUUAGAGUCUAUAAUCGAAGCCGACGUCAAUAUUGAUCCCAAUGGCAUCCCCGAGCAAGGGUCUAUCUCGGGAGGAACCGAUACCAAGUCUGACUCAUUGAUGAGUGUUCCAGAGACUUCGUCCCAGGCCAGUGGUAGUAGUGCUGAUAAGGACUCUGCGGUUAUGGUCAAUCUGGAUUAUCCUCCUUCCACGGAAAACUUCCCCACCCCACCCCCGUUGUCUAAUAAGGAGAAGUUGGCCUUGUGGAAAGAGCUCACCAUCCUUACAUUUACUCGUGCCCUAACCUCACUCUAUGCUCUCGCUUUGCUCGCGCUUCUUACGAACACCCAGCUUUCUCUGCUUGCACGAUACAGGUACCUCGCUGCCAUCCGCGAAGCCCGAAGAGCUGAGAGCAAGCAACGGCGAGCCGCAUCUGGAGGUCUCUUUUUUGGAUCCCCGGUCUCCGAAGACGGUGACGUUCUAUCAAUUCAUCCUGACUCGGAGAUGGGUGACGAAAUGGACCUCGACGAAGAAGGUGGGUACUGGGACGAAGAAGGACGUUGGUGGGAUGCAUCCGGUCGCGGCGGACUUUUCGGUCGUGAUGGCGUUGGGUCACUUACCGAGCGCAAGUUUUUGACUCUCGGUUGGUGGUUCCUCAAUCGUGGAUGGAAACACAUUGGCGAGCGAGUCAGAGAGGCCGUUUCUGAAGUUUUUAAUGGACUAUCCCUCAAAUCACAGAUUUCACCAAAGGAGUUGGAAGAGCUGAUUCUCCGAGUUCGGGCAAUUAUCGAAGGGGAUCCAGCUACUUUCCUUCUUAAUUUCGACACUCUCCCGACUCUUCUUCCCAAUACUCCAGCCGACAUAUCAACAACUCUUGCAUCUGGCGGUCUGACUUCCUCAUUGGCUCACAUUGACCCAGCACUCUCAACUCUGUUAAGUGCCACACGCGACCAUAUUUCUUCUGCCGACUUCGCCAUCGCGCUUCGAAAAUGCAUAGACCUUGGCACAAUCGCGAUGAAGGACGGGCUGAUACGAAGUGGCGAAUUUGGAGAGAUCGCAAGUACAAACCCUGAUAGUGAGGGCGCAAAAGUCAAGUUAGCCGCUUUAUUGCCAGGAGUGGCGCGGUGGACGCAUUUAGCACUCAAUGGAGUGCCCAAUGAAAUCAUCGAAGGGUUUGGAGAAUUACGAGAAGUGGCGGGUUACUCGGCAGUUGUCCUCUCUUCCUUUGAAGGGGUUCCGGGAUCUUACGCCUAA